AUGAAGAUCCUCACCAAAGAAGAAGAAGAUGCCCAUUACCGCGAGGUCGUCAAGGGCGGUACCAUCGGUGGUCUCAUCGGUCUGGUAGGCGGCGCAGCCGGUGUUCUCGCUGCCACCAGGCGCUACCAAACCAUUCGCAACCUCACCCUCCCCAUGAAAUCCUUCCUCGUGACCUCCUCCGGUACCUUCGUGGGUAUCAUCAGCGCCGACCACGCCUCCCGCAGCUUCGAAGCCCAGCGCAACGCCAGUCGCCAAUGGUACGAGAACCGCGAGGAGCGUCUCCGCCAGGAGGAAUUGUCGCAGCUGUCCACGCUCGAUCGCGCGCUUCAGUGGGCCCGCCGCGAGAAGUACAAGAUUGUCGGUGCCACGUGGGUGGCUAGUAUGAUCGGUAGUUUCGCCAUGGUCAACCGGAAUAAGCACCUCAGUGGAUCACAGAAGUUGGUCCAGGCCAGAGUUUACGCUCAGGGCUUGACCCUCGCUGUGUUGGUGGCUAGUGCGGCGUUCGAGAUCCAGGAUCAGAGGAAGGGUCGCGGCUUGUUGCAGGAUAAGGUGAAGGCCGAGAGGCAGGCUGCUGAGGAGAGGAAGAACGCAGAGCAGGAGCACACGGGUGAUCUGUGGAAGGAUAUGGUUGCUGCUGAGGAGGAUCGGUUGAGGAAGAGGAAGAUGAGUCUGUCCGAGUCGGACUACCUGCAUCCUCAUAAUGGACAGGAGAAGAAGGUUGAGGAGGUCAAGGAGGAGAAGGAGGAGCCUAAGAAGGAGGCUGCUGAGGCAAAGGAGGAGAAGAAGGAGUAA